AUGCUUGCCCAAGGUCAAUUAGCGUCUGUCAGCGAAUCAAGAAGCCAUCUGCUGCUCCUCCCUGACAUCCGGUUGUCCCAUUUUCCCUUCGAAAGCUUGCCUGUGCUAAAACGACUAUUUGGUUACCGCAUAUCGAGAGACUUCAGUCUGCACAUGUUUGCGCGUCGGAUGCAACAUCACGAUUCAAUAUCUCCUGCCAAUCAGCCGAAAAGGACUCUUGCCGAAAUGCAUUGUGGCUUCUCUCGGGAGUCCUUGCUGUUGCUGCCAGAAGCUACAGAUUGCCAAAAUCUUCAGAAUAUGGCAAAGAGUGGGAAACAAACAACAGAAGAGGAGUCCCAAGUAGCUGGCUUGCCUGUCAAUGAUGGAACUGCAACGGCCAAAAGCGCAGAUUGCCCGCCAGCCUUCUCAACUUUUCUGCCCCCACAAAGAGAGCCCAAAAGCGACUGGCGUCCCCCAGUAGUUGCAGAUCUGCUGUCAGCGAAACAAACUUCUUCAAUGGAUGGAACUCCUGAGUCUCCACCGUGCAGCAGCUUUAUCCCAGAGUUACUAUGCACAAAAGCACCACAGGCCGCGUGGGCUCUGUCCCUUAACAAGAUUGUACGGGACUCUGACGAUAUAAAUUGUGCAAUUGUUGGCAUGAAUUUAAUGCAUAUUUCUCUUCUUGGCUUGCUACUGAUGAGAGAGAAGCCAUCACACUGCGAAGCUUAUCUUCGUCAAGGCCAACAACUCAGGCCUACUACUUCAUAUUCCCAGACACUUGAAAUUUCCAAGGGAGUACAAACUCUUCUAAUGCUGAGCACCAGGGGGGUGGGGACAAUUAUAGCUGUAGAUGACGAGCUGACAGAUCAACAAAAGGCAGAUUUCACGACGAAGUUUUUGAUCGAGAUGGCUUGUACACAGUCACAAGUUUCAUGUGCACUUGAGUCGCUCUCAACGGUUCCUGAAAAAGGCGGACGGCCGCGCCUCUCGACCAAACGGCACCUUCAUCACAGAGUCGAAACAUCAGUGCACGACAGCCCUCUAGAAACCACCUUAUCUGAGUACAGAUUAGAAUAUGAACGAUCCGAAAAGGGAGAUCCAGCUACAGGUGUACGGGUCUAUGGCCUGCCGUGGAUUGGCCGUCUGGGCGGUCAAAAGGGCUCGUCGAAGCCAGAUUCCCAGAAGCCCCUUCAGCCGAAGAAUAGGAAAUGA